AUGACAUCGAUGACGCCAGAAAGGAGGGUGAGGAAGAGAGAACAGUCAAAAUCGCCUUUGAAUGAGCUGGACGAUGAGCUCCAGCCGUCGCUCGACGAAAACGUGGGCCUUUCCGCCGGGGCUAUUGCCGAAAUCGUGCGUCAUGAGAUUCGGAUGGGCAUUUCUCCUCUGGAUGCUAGGCUGUCGGGCAUGGAGACAGUGCUUGGCAACCGGGUGGACAAUAUCGACCAACAGUUGAAAAAUCAUGGUGACCGAAUCGAGAAGAUGGAGGCGCUGCUGGCGUCCAAGGAUGCUACACCGCGUUCGCGCACAUCGGAGCAUAGUCUUUCCGUCGAAGGGCAAAUUGCGGAUUUGCAACUGCAAAUUGAUGGCUUGCGCUUUUCCCCCAACACCGACAAGCCCGAGCCAGCGAAAGUCAUGGUCGUGGGUGGCCUCGCAGCAUUACAGGACGUGCAGUCAGCAACAACGUGGGUGACGAACACGUUGGUAUCCAUGCGGGGUCCGAGUAUCAUCAGCACGUAUGUCAAGUUGGAAAAGUUCCAAGGCUUGCUCUUUGUGAAGUUUGCUUCCGUCGUAGAUCGUGACACAGCAGUUGCUUUGCUACGCAGUGGCUCUUUGAAGAUUGGCGAUUCGGCGGUUUGGGCCACGCAGGAUCUACCCGGUCGCUUGAUCUUUAAUUGGGCCGAUGAUUGGGCUCAGUGGGCGGAGUUGCAGCAAAGUGAAGAGCUUGGACAGGUCAUUGCGCGAUCGCAAUCCAUCCUGCAGAAGCACAUGGGGAAGGGACUAGGCAAGUCGAAAAGCAAAUCCACCCCGCAUUAG